UGACAACAGUAAUUUAAAUAAGUUGUUAAACGACUCUUGUAUGAAUGGGCAUGUUGUAAUUAGUAACUACACUUCUGUGAGCAGUGGUACAGAAGUCAUACAGCAUAUAUACUGUAUACACAGAGGUGGGAAGUAGCUAAGAACAUUUACUCAAGUACUGUAUUUUGAGAUACUUGUACUUCACUUGAGUGUUUCCAUAUUUUUCUACUGUGUACUCUUCUACUUCACUACAAUUCAGAGGUAAAUGGUGUACUUUUACUCCACUACAUGUGUUUAAUAGCUUACCUUUAGUUACUUUACAGAUUUGGUUAAGAUGCCUAUUGGUUACUGGUGGCGUUUUAUGAGUUUAUGUUUUUCAGUUUAUUUGUUCAUAAAGUAAAGUAAAGUAUAUCAUAUAUUAUAUGAUAUAAAUAUCUUUAUGUGAGAUAAGGGAUCGUUGCUCACUAUAUGAUAUGAUAAAGUGUGUUAUAUGCUCCAGGAAGGAUACAGUAUAUUGUUGAAUAUAUAUUCAAGAUAGCUAUAUACUGUAUAUAACUUUACAUUAAUUGUAAUUCAAUAUACACACAUCAAUCAUAUAUGGAUAAAAGGACAACUUCACCGUUUAUGAACAUGAUUAUAUGUGUAGAUAACCUGUGUAAAUAAUGGUUAACAUGGUAUCAGUGUUGUUCGCUUUGCAGUGUAGUUCUCUCUAACACUUGCAUUGUUAUUUUACUUAAAGUUUAGAUGAUCACUAAACCUAUAAGCCAUAACGAAAUGGGAGAUGCAGAAUGGACAGGCUUUGGCCUUCAGGAGGGAUAAACCCGCUCCAAGGAAACGGAAGUGACGUGACCUCUGUCAGAAGAUCACAAAGCAUCAAAGCAAGGUGGAGAUGCAGCUCUUCCCUGCUCCACCCUCUGGCCCUCAGGUGGAGAUGCAGCUCUUCCCUGCUCCACCCUCUGGCCCUCAGGUGGAGAUGCAGCUCUUCCCUGCUCCACCCUCAGGCCCUCAGGUGGUGUUGCAGCUCUUCCCUGCUCCACCCUCAGGCCCUCAGGUGGUGUUGCAGCUCUUCCCUGCUCCACCCUCUGGCCCUCAGGUGGAGAUGCAGCUCUUCCCUGCUCCACCCUCAGGCCCUCAGGUGGUGUUGCAGCUCUUCCCUGCUCCACCCUCUGGCCCUCAGGUGGUGUUGCAGCUCUUCCCUGCUCCACCCUCUGGCCCUCAGGUGGAGAUGCAGCUCUUCCCUGCUCCACCCUCAGGCCCUCAGGUGGUGUUGCAGCUCUUCCCUGCUCCACCCUCUGGCCCUCAGGUGGAGAUGCAGCUCUUCCCUGCUCCACCUUUGGGCUCCAUGAUAUUUACUCCAGUGAGCUCACAGGUUCCUGUCCUGGUCACUGCUCCACAGGCUCUGAAUGCCAGCCUCUCUCUGCUUUUCCUGCUCCUAGUCCUGCUCCUGCUCCAUACAGCCAAACACUGACCCGCAAAGUACUGCCCAACACGUGUGGAGGUGUGGGAGCUUUGGGACAGCGGACACUGGACACAGCCAGUGCAGGGAGUAGUGAACUACAUUGUGCCAAAGGAGCAAUGGUUGGAGGACAUAACAAAAUGUAUAUCCCCCCACCAGAGGCAUGGACACUGGACACUUAUUUAUGUAUAUAGUUCGGUGUAUAGUUUGAUAUUUAUUUAUAUAUAUGAUAUGUAUAUAUUUUAUUAAGUUUAUGAUAAUGUUUAUUUGAUGUUAAAACCCAUUUAGAGUGUUAUUUUGUUAUACUGCACCUUACUUACUUGUAUGGGUUGUUUUACAUUUUAUUAAGUUGAACUACAGUACUUUAAAAUAAAGGUUUGGUUCUAUCAAGUA